CGCCUCCAUUGUUCUCCGUGUUCUCUCCUUACCAUUCGUCUCUAUUUAUCUUCUGCUCGCCCGCUGUGUGCGUCAACAUCCCCCUGUGAGAUCCCAGCUAGCACCGCCUGCGCCGUGUCUUCAACCGUCUCGCAAUGGCCAUCCAGUCGCACCGCAGCCACCCCGUUCAUGGGCCAUUUGGUCCUGCUUUCGUUGUCAAUUCUUCGAUCUCAUCGGCGCAGGCGUCAUCGUUCACUAAACUCCCGAACGUCUCCGUCAACCCUCAUGGCAAGCCCACCCACUUCUUCAUCUCCGGCGGCCGCACGGGCUCUGCGCCGACACCACAAGCUGUCUCUACUCCGCGCAUGCGUAGACCAGCCCCCCGGCCUCCAUUGCGGCACCCACUGCUGAGCACCUACGCAGAGGAUCCAUUCGCAGACCAGCCGAUCAUCGAAAUAGUGAGCCCUCCGCCGCGUUCGACCCCUUCCUCUCCUUCGAUUGCCUCUCGUACGCGCAUACCACCGCCCGCCCUUCCCGAGUCAGUCACUUCUUCACUGUCUCCUUCGGCAUCUCAGCCUGUCGCUCCUAUUGAGGCUGUCGUCGUCCCACCCGGUAUCCAGCCCGUCAUGCUGCUACCGGAGUUCGGUUACCACGAGGCUAGAGGAAGACUCGUGGCAUGCAUUCUACUCAGCAGGAAUUGCGGAAGACCCAUGCGCAGGCGGCGCAGCCCCUGCAUGGCAGGGCAGACCUACGUCCCCAGCGCGCUCUCCAGGACGGUGGCUGUCGAUCUACCUGCAUAGAAUAUGCCGCACUGAUGGCGCUAGACGGCCCAGAAAUUCUCUCAGUGCACGCACUUCACAACGGACCCUCGUACACAGUGUAACACCAUACCCCACUUGCAUAAUUGUCGCAUUUUCGUCGCAGCUCGGCAUUCUCUCUCUACACAGAAGUCUCUCAUCCAGUUGUUGGUUCAUUGGUUGCAUUGUAUUACUUACAUCUGACGUUAAUAGCAUCACAUAGCUGUCGUGUUCUGAUCCACG